ACCGGAAGUUUAAUUAUUUUUAAACCAUCUGCAUUUUAACAUUGGUUUGUGUUUUGGUCGUCCAAAGGGGGCUUCCCUUUCCCUGGCGAAAUGUCUGCCUACGGAAUUAUGAAAGCUUUCCCCAAAGUGAAGAGAGCAGGGGCACGUGAAGGAAAGGAUGUCCCCCCACCAAAGAGGAAGACUGAUGAAACUGUACCUGUUACAGGGAGUGCUUUCCAGGGCGUCACCGUACACAUAUUACCAGCCGGCAUCGGGAACGCCAGAUGUCAGAUCUUCCAGAAACAGAUUGUCCAGAAUGGAGGCCAAACUGAGAGUUCCCUCUGUCCCACAGUCACCCAUGUAGUAGUGGAUGACAGUAUGGACUGUGGCAGGGCUCUCAGGCUGCUCAAAGUGGACAGGCUGCCCUCUGGAGUUUAUCUUUUGAAGUGCACCUGGCUCAGCACUUGCAUCAGUGAGCAGAGACUGCUGGAUACAGCAGACUACAGCCUACUCAACCCAGACAAAGACAUGGAAACUACAAAGGACGGUGUCAAAGAAGACAUGCUCAACAGUAUCCCACUUCCAGCCACACAGGACAUGAAGCAGCCAAUCUCUGAUGAAAUAAAACCAAAUGAGUCAACAGAGACUGUCCAAGACACUAAAGACGAAUAUGGCGUCUCCCAGAGUGAUCUGGAGGCUCUGAUCAGUGGCCUGCACCCCAAGGACGAAACCCCCAGGACCGCCACUGCCCACUCAGACCCCCAACAGAAGCCUCUCUCAGGGAAGUGGGUGUGUGCCCAGUCCUCCCAGUCCAAGAUUGACAACCACAACAAGCACAUCACAGAUAAACUGGAGGUGCUGGCCAAGGCCUACACGCACCAGGGGGACAGAUGGAGAGCGCUGGGCUACUCCAAAGCCGUCAGCGCCCUCAAGAGCUACCACAAGCCUAUCACGUCCUAUGAGGAGGCCUGUAAGAUCCAGGGCAUUGGCAAGAAGAUGGCUGACAAGGUCAUGGAGAUCAUGGAGAGUGGGCACCUCCGUAAGAUAGAUCACUUGGGAGAGGCAGUGCCAGUACUGGAGAUGUUCACCAAUAUCUGGGGGGCAGGGGCCAAGACGGCCCAGCUUUGGUACACACAGGGGUUCCGCACUUUGGAGGACAUCCGCACCAAGGCCAAUCUGAACCACAACCAAAUAAUUGGACUCAAACACUACGACGACUUUCUGGACCGGAUGCCCAGAGAAGAGGCAGCCGCCAUUGAAAAAACGGUGAAGGAGGCAGCUCAGUUUCUGGACCCUGGCCUGUUGGCCAUGGCCUGUGGUUCGUACCGCCGGGGGAAGGACACAUGUGGAGAUGUUGACGUCCUCAUCUCUCACCCAGACGGGAAGUCCCACCGGGGUGUCUUUAGAAAAGUGUUACAGAGCCUCCACCAGAGCGGCUUCCUGACGGACGACCUAGUCAGCCAUGAGGAGAGUGGCGAGCAGAAGAAGUACAUGGGUGUGUGUCGUCUGCCAGGACCUGGCCGGCUCCACCGCCGCCUCGACGUCAUCGUGGUGCCCUACGGCGAGUUUGCCUGCUCCCUCAUGUACUUCACCGGCUCGGCACAUUUUAACCGCUCUAUGAGGGCAUUGGCCAAGACAAAACGCAUGAGCCUAUCAGAGCACUCAUUGAACAGCGACGUGUUGAGACAAGGAAGUUUGAAGGUGUAUGGGGGGACACCACUACCCACGCUCACUGAGAAGGAUGUCUUCACCCAUCUGGGAAUACCUUUCAGGGAACCUCAGGAAAGAGACUGGUGAUGUUGAUGUUUUUAACACUGUUGGUAUGAGUCGAUGCAUAAGUUAUAUAUUUUUACAAAAAAAUGAUGAUGGUGAUAGUGGUGAGGUGAAGAUCAUGCUUAUGUAUGCAGAUUUCAGACGGUGUCAUAUCAACAUGUCAACUGUGAUUUUAGACUUGAAUUGUAUGAUAAUCUCAUUUUAAAGAAGGAAAAACACUUAAGAUGCAUGGUGACUGCUUGGUAUGUUUUUAUGAAGAUAAUGGUGAUUACAGAAAUAUUAAACACUACCUUUAACAAUCACUAAGGUAAUCCUUGUUUUUGCAACUUUGUUGUGUUUAUUAUUGGUUUAUUACUAUAAAUAAUUUAAUAUUAAACCUCUGUUCUUUUUCAUAAAUGCCUGUCCUCGCUGUCAAAUAUUAUUGGCUGAGGUAAGCCAUGGGUCAGCCUGCAAAGUGAGUGGUGGUGAUCAACGCAACCCAACACCCAUCACGUUGCACACAUGGAACAAAAGAUGUGACCGAGCACGCCACACCCAGUCCGAGCCAGAGUCCCCAUUUUGAAGGAACCAAUGAGCGGAUUUGAUGAUGCUGAGCUGCGGGGCACUGGUUUAUGGCCAUUGACAUUAACGGGCAAAGGUGGUGAGGGAGGAGCACCCUUCACAAAUCCAACAGUAAUCUGUGCUGCUCUAUCAUGUAGUCGACAAGGCAGCAUGGUCCAGAAACAUACAUCUCUUUUCCAUCAAAUACUCUGUUUGAAUUUUUCAAACUAGUUUUCAUUGGGAAGGCAGAUAAAGUGUUUUUAGCAAAAAGCAAUCACUUUUGCAUGUGAAAACACAGAAUCCUACUCAUUAAUCCACAUGCUUAAUUACAUCACUUUUGUUCUGAGCUGACUUUGCCAUGGGCUUUGAACGGGGCACCUGGCUGACGCCCCGGGAGACAGCCCAGUUUCAAAACAAAUGCAAUCAACUUUUACUGUUCAUUUGAGAAG